AUGCCAAAUGGAUGCAGGAACUCGUCGGAAUGCUCAGCGGUUGUUACUUGGAAACAUACGGGAAAGUCGCUUCUUAUGGAGAUGGAGGCGCAGUUGAAAGUCGCCGACAACGGAGCCUGGUUAGCUGUAGGAAUCUCGAAAGAUGAUGUCAUGGGAAACGAUACUGUAUUUGAGUGCCAUUUCCCAACCAAAGGGAGGGGUUCCGUGCAUCUAUCGCAUAAUCUCAAAGGAUCAAACAUACCAUUGCCAGCAGCAACUCAGACGCUGUUGAGAGAUUCAUACACCGAGGAACGAGACGGUCGUGUACUAUGCGGUGCCGAGUGGGUGCUUGAUUUUACCGUACUCGAGCCUAGUGAAAAGAAAAUGAUGCAUCAAAUAUCUUCUGGAGAAUACCAUCUCAUGCUAGCAUUUGGAGAUCUGGAUGCAGAGUCUAAGAAAAAGUCACACGCACUCGUCGGAGAAGGGGCUCCGUGGCGAUCAAGUGAACGAACGCGCUUCUGCAAUCAUUGCCCACCGCACAUUGUUGAUGAGUAA